AUGAUGAACAUAAGCAAAUUUGGUAGUAUUGCAUUUGCGUUAAUCAUAAUCGCAUUUAUAUUUCAUAUAUUGGCGAUGGGUUACCCACGUUGGAAAACUGUUACGUGUUUGAACUGUGCAAAUGAGUCUGUUCAAGCAUGGCAUACAUCAAUAAAUAAAAGAUGUUACUUAUCGGAGUUACAAAAUUUUAGUUUUGGUGAAAAUCAUCCAUUGGUUGCCCAAUUAUGUUUACCCAAUGAAUAUCUGUAUCCUAAAAAGCAAGAAGAUUCAUUGUUGUGUUCACUGCAAAUGUUUGAAGAUCCAUACACUAUAUGUGCGUUAAAAACUUACACAAAAGAAUGUUAUUGUGCGUAUACAAAUGCAACUCAAGCAAUCAUUUCUCUUACGGUAAUUGCAAGUAUUCUACUUGGAAGUUGUAUAUUUAUUUCACAUUAUGUAGCAUGUGUAUAUAAAGAGGUCGUAUUAAAAUGGUUGUUGUUUUCUGGAGAAAUAUUUUUAGUUAUUUCUUCUAUCGCCAUAUUGAUUGCGUUGAUUAUUUCUGGUUUAUAUAAAUCACAAGAUUUGGACCAUCUUAAACAUAUAGAAUUAUUCAACAAUAGUGAGUAG